CCCGCUGAGGUCACAGCAGAACCACCCCCUUUACGCACCGGAGCGCUCCGAUAAAAACUGCGAGCAGAGGGACGAACAGAUCAGUUCGAGCGGCAAAUCACUCUCAAAAUACGACACUGACACUACGACAACUGCAAAAACACCGAGAGGAAUAGAAGAUUUCACGUUUGUAAACUGAAGACCACUUGAAAGGCCAUGGCCAGACCACUUGAACUAUUAUUCCUCCUUUGUGCUCUCUGCUGCUCUCUAGCGGACAGUGCUGAGCUGCUCCGCACUAAGAGAGGGACUCGUUUUUACAGAGGUGAGCCUGUCAGGCAGCCAACUCGACGGACGCUUUUGAUUAUUCAUGUCGAGAAGUCACCUUCACCUUCCUUUGACACCUCCUUACUUUGUGUGGAUAGUGAGACGUCAGCAGUGCGUAGUUAUGGGGACACUUGGCUGCGAUGGAGGGGACAGCGUGUGGAGUAUUGCCGUUGUGCAUUGAAAGGACGAGAGCGUUGUCAUAUUGUACCCGUCAUCAACUGCUACGUGUCUCAGUGCUACAACGGAGGGACGUGUAAGGAGGCCGUCUACACAUCAGACUACAUUUGUCAGUGUCCUCCAGGCUUCAGCGGCACUCAGUGUGAGAUCAACACCAAUGAGAAGUGUGUUGUGGGGCAGGGUGAAGGGUACCGAGGCACAUGGAGCAUCAGCCAUUCAGGAGCAGAGUGCAUCAACUGGAACGCCACGUCUCUGAGAGGAAGGAGGUUCACCGCUAACAAAAUGGACGCCAACAGUCUUGGACUGGGAAAUCACAACUUCUGCAGGAACCCCGACAAUGACAGCACUCCGUGGUGUUACAUCUACAAAGGCACUCAGAUUGUCUGGGAGUUCUGUUCUGUACCCAGAUGCCCGGAAGAUCGGAACAGAGAAUGUGUGCAGGGCUCUGGUCAGUCAUAUAGAGGCACAGCAUCAGUCACUAAGAGCGGCUCUCGCUGCCUCCCGUGGGAUUCUCCUGCUGUCAGACACAAGCUCAAUAAUGCCUGGAGGUCGGAUGCAUUGGAGUUGGGGCUGGGCAGCCACAGUUUCUGCAGGAAUCCAGACGAUGAUGCAGGUCCAUGGUGUCACACUUAUAUAAACAUGCAGCUGACCUGGGAGCUGUGUGACAUACCGAAAUGCUCGAGACGUCCAUCUAUCAUCACCACUCUCGGCCCACGAGCUCCCACCACGAAUAACAAUAACGGAGCAACCUGUGGCCAGCGUUUGGACAACACCCUGAAUCGCCCCGCUUUCCGCAUGUUCGGGGGCAGAGAGAGUGACAUCACGGAGCAGCCGUGGCAGGCGGUCAUCAAUGUUUACCAGGCCCGUCACAAAAAACACUUCAUCCGGUGUGGAGGAGUCCUCAUUGACUCCUGCUGGAUCCUGUCUGCUGCACACUGUUUCACCGACAGUGAUAAAGCAAAAGACAUGGAAGUUAUUUUGGGAAGAACAUUUCGGAAACAGAACUCCAGCAGCGAGCAGAUUUUUAAGGUUGAGAAGUUCUGGAUCCACGAGAAAUUUGACAAAGAGUCAUUCGACAAUGACAUUGCUAUUUUGAAGCUCCAGACGGACGUUGGCAUCUGUGCUGUAAACUCUCCAGAGGUUCUUCCGGCGUGUCUGCCUGACCGCAGGCUGGUGCUGCCCGACUGGACUGAGUGUGAGAUCUCAGGCUAUGGAAAAGAAGCAGAAUUUUCUGCAGAGUACUCUAACCGAGUUAAGAGAGGCCAUGUUCGCCUGUGGCCCAAAGAGCGCUGCAUCCCAGAUGUGUUGUCUGGACGCACAGUUACCCCCAACAUGCUGUGUGCAGGAGACACUCGAGGCCUGGACGAUGCCUGCAAGGGAGAUUCUGGUGGCCCGCUAGUCUGUCAAAACAAUGACAGGAUGACUCUGAUGGGUGUUAUCAGCUGGGGUGAUGGGUGCGGACAGAAGGAUAAGCCUGGAGUCUACACCCGUGUCACUCAUUACAUCGACUGGAUCAACAGCAAAAUUAAAGCAAACCCGGUCUAAAGUGAAACACACUGAAAAGAGGGUGUUGUUGGAUGACCAUACCCAUAAACAGAGUGGGUGAAACUGAUGUGUUGACAGGGACAUCCACUGGUCUCUCAGAGCUUUCUGAUCUGUGGAUCGAAAUCCAAACCGAUGGAAGUUUUAAGCCAGCAGGAUGACCUCUACUGAGACACACAAGAAGAACCUCAGUCUGCUCGGUGUAGCUCCAUGUUCUCAAGUUUUCUGCUCCUUACUGUGUUGAAAGUGAUGCUAUAUAUGGGCAGAAACAGAGUAUGUUUUCCUCUUUCUGGGCCAUUUUGAACAUAAUAAUCUUCAUGCUUUAAUGUAUUUUUUUUAAUAUUUCAUUCAUCUAACUGAAGAUUUAGCUAGCUAGGAUGAAUAGGAAAUAAAUGUAUAACCCUGUGUUCUUUCUGGCAAGUUUAUACAAAUAAGUCACAGAGGAACCCUCCCUGAACACAGGCAUUCACUUAGCACAACACAGUAAAUCACAUAGGGAUAUGUUUGCUACUUCAAAGGGCAUUUAAAAAAAUAGGCUCAAGACCAUGUUUCUGACAAGAGUCCUGGUUUUACUGGCUGAAUUAGUUUGAUGCAUAAUGUCCUGCAUUUCAUUAAGAGGGAAUUACAGACCUUCAUAUAAAUCCAAAAAAUCUAUCUGCUGGUUCAGAUUCUGCUUAUUUUUGCAGCUUUUCAUCCUUUUAUUCACUGCCGCCUUGCACAUGAGUAUAGACUUUGGACAAGUGGAAGCAGGAAAGAUACUGACAGUAUCGCUUUACAACAGCAGAAGAGUAAAAUCUCACUUGUUCUCGUGAUAUUUUGUACCCGACUUCCAGAGCAUUUCUCUACCAGAUAUCUGGGUUGAGCCCAGCAUGUAUAUAACAUGUAUAUUUUCUGAUUAUUGAAACUUACUGAGGGCUGCUUUUUAAAAAAAAAAUCUGUUCUACUUUAAACUGCUUAUUGACUGCAAAACCUAAUGCCUUAACAAACCCUCUUUGUUCUGUGAUAGACUCUUAAGGGAAACUGAGUUUUAGAUGUUUUGUACUAAGUUAAUAUUUAUGUUUUACACUGUUUUGUAGAAACUCUGUGUUUACAUACAUGUAUGUGUAGUUUAAUAAUUUAUUGUCACUGUCAUAACCACAUCUGGCAACAUACUAAUUUUUCAAUAAAUAAUAUUUGAAAUUA